AUGGCGUCCCUAGACUCUCUAAAGAGCGUUUUAAAGCAACAUGCCGACGGGUUGACACAACGACAACUAUCUGAACGACAGUACUCGGCCGGGUUCGAAAUCUUUUGGCAGGCGGCAGGGUGGAAAACAUACGAAAACUUCAUAAUCCCAGGAUUGAAUCGCCUUUUGGAGCCGUUGAUUAGUCUACGUUCGAGCGUAUCCAUACUGGAAAUUGGACCCGGGCCCAAGAGCUUGGUGGGCUACCUACAAACCAAUGUCCGCGAGAGGAUCAGAGAGUACACCGCCUACGAGUCCGAUUCUCUGAGCGCUGUGAAAUUGCAGAAAUGGAUUUCUCAACCAGCUGAGGGGGGAUACCUGCUUCCCAAUCUGGAGCGCCCCCCUGUCAUCCAUCAAGCUCCUUUUGGGCAUGGGAACGACCGCUACGAUACCAAUUUCACGAGUGAGGGUCUCGUGAGAAAUUAUGAUGUAAUACUAUUCUGCCAUAGCAUGUAUGGAAUGAAACCAGGAUCCAAGUUCAUCGAAAGAGCAUUGCAGAUGCUCACUGGGCCAUCGAAUAAUAGCGUGGUGGUGGUCUUUCAUCGAGAAACUGGAUUGGAACUUGAUGGUCUAGUGUGCCAACAGAUGGCCACCUUUCAUGAGGGAGUCAUCCAUGUUGAAAAUAAGGAUGAAACCAUACUCGAUUUUUCUCACUUCAUUGUUGGAUUUGAUCUGGACUUGACUGAGAGUCCCGCGGAUGACGUUUACCUUGAGUGGCUCGAGACAUGCCGCUCCCUUUCAACGCGAGGAGAAGACCACCCGAAUCACCUGGUAUUCAGCGCGCCAGAAAUCAUGAUGGCCUUUACGUCACAGGCCAAAGGACUUCAAGAGCUCCUGGGAAAGGUAGUUUCCACAGACGAAAGGCGACCAAUCAAAAACUGGGAGGCUCGUCUUCACCGUGCCGCCUCUAUUAUCAGGCCGAUGGAUGUUCGAGACGUGCAACAUUGCAUACAGUGGGCCAUAAAGCAUGAAGUCGGACUCACUGUUAUAUCUGGUGGCCAUAGUAGUCACUGUCUUGAACCAAAUGUCGUGGCUGUUGACAUGGCUGCUUUUGAUCAAGUACAUGUUCUCAAUGGCGAUAAGAAUAAUGAGGCCGUUCCUGGCAUGGGAGCCCCCACUUUGGUCGCCGCCGGAGCUGGUUGCAAGGUAGGAGACAUCGUUCGCACGGCUUUGGAAGCGGGUGUCCAGGUGCCACUGGGUUCCCGCCCCAGUGUCGGUGCGGGUUCAUGGUUGCAAGGGGGAAUUGGCCAUUUAGCUAGGUCGUGCGGACUCGCAUGCGAUGCUAUUGUCGGAGCUGUGGUGGUAAGCCCUAAAUCUGGCCAGUUGCUCUGUGUCGGCAAUGUCCCCCGCCAGCUUCGGACACCUGAUUUAGUACGGCCUGAAGAUGAAGCCGAUCUCAUGUGGGCCGUGAAAGGUGCCGGGACUAAUAUCGGGAUUGUUCUUUGGACCAUCUUCGAAGCUUCUGCGGCUUCAUCGUUCGCAAUUCGAAAGUGUGUCGUUCUAAUGGAAGAUGGCUGUGAGGCACAGAAAAAAAUCGCCUACUUUGACUCAUUCGCUCAGUCGUUACCCAAAACAUGCUCAGCUGAUGCAUACAUAUGGGACGAUGAGGAGUUACAUCUUGGUGUGACCAUGUUUGAGUCAGGUUCGACAAGCGAUGCCGGGGAUUCUACCGCCAUGACCUCUUUCACAGCCGCAGACCCGCUUCUAGGACUAGCAGAACGACCAGAGACAUUGAAUCACCUAGAUUUAUUCGAAGCUGAAAUGUACAUGUCUACAAUACAUGGCGGCCAUGGAGGAGGCAAGACCGAUUCAUUUAAACGAUGUGUCUUCUUGAAAAACAUCGGGUCGGUUCAGAUUGCAGGGGCCCUAGUCAAGGCCGUCCAGUCCCGUCCAACACCAUUUUGCUAUUUGCAUCUUUUGCAUGGCGGGGGCUCUGUCAGCGAGGUUGGCCCUGGAGAUACUGCGUUUGGCUCCCGAGACUGGAGUUUUGCUUGUGUGGUAACAGGUGUCUGGCCGCGGGGCCAGAGCCACGACAAAUCCGCACGAACCGCAGUAUCGUGGGUUUACACCGUGGUCCGGGAUCUGUUGCCAUGGAGCAGCGGUGUCUAUAGUGCAGACCUAGGAAACGACUCCAGGGAUGCCCCACUGGCAGCAAAGGCUUUCGGACCAAACAUACCACGACUGUCUCGUCUCAAAGCCAGGCUCGACCCCUUCAAGCUGAUACGGCAUGCCUGUCCACUUCCAGAACCGUCGAACAAACAGCGGAUCAUCAUCCUCGUAACGGGGGAGAGUGGCGCUGGAAAGGACUACUGCGCAGCCAUAUGGGCUUCGAUGUUUGCCAACAACGGAAUGACGACACAUGUCGCAAGUAUCAGCGAUGCAACCAAGCGAGCGUACUCGCUAGCCGAAGGGGCCAACUUCGAACGACUGCUGGGGGACCGUGCCUACAAGGAGAAGCACCGUCCAGAAUUGACGGCUUUUUUCAAGCGCCAGCUACUCUCAAGACCUUCUCUGAUGGAGGAGAACUUCCUGCAGGUGGUGGAGGACGCCCUCGAUGUGGACGUUCUAUUCAUUACCGGACUGAGAGACGAGGCCCCUGCCACGAGAUUUUCUCACACCGUACCCGAUAGAAAGCUGCUGGAUGUCCGCGUGCAAGCCAGUGAGGAAAUGCGUAGCUGCCGCAGGGGAGCUCUACAUGACGAUGCAAGUCUUGAUGAGAUGGCCGUUCCCACGGGCCUCCAAAGAUCCGAAACAAUGCUCUACCGUCCCAGUCUUGUUUUUGAUAACAGCACGUCGGAUGGUGAACUGGCGAGAGGGUGGUCGAAUCGUCACCUGCUCCCAUUGAUGGAUGAGAACCUACAGCGUCUGAACAACAUGGUGCGCCUGGUUCCCGGCUUUCCAAGGCCGACCGUCAAAUUCCGACACGUGCUUGGGGUUGCACAGCAACCCGGCGGGCUCUCGCUAUGCGCAUCCCUUUUACGCUCCCACUUCGCCGACGAUUGGUCCCGAGUGGAGAGGGUAGCAUGCUGCGAGGCAGGCGGCUACAUCUUCGCAUCAGCUCUUGCACACCAGGUCAAUUUACCGUUGAUUCUCAUUCGCGAAGCUGGAAAACUACCUCCGCCGGUUGUUUCGGCCAUCAAACGCCCUUCACACAUUUCGUCUUCGUCAUCAAGUAGCUCCGGAGCCAAAAAGAUUGAGAUGGAGCUCGAAGCUUCUACGGUACGCGGGCAAAUAGUGGUAGUUGACGACGUCCUUGCGACGGGGAACACCCUUGGUGCGCUGUUGAUGCUUCUUAAGCACGCCGGCAUCAAUACUGACAAUGUCAGCGUCUUGGUUGUGGCUGAAUUUCCGGCACACCGUGCUCGUGAGAACCUCCGGAUGCGUGGUUUCGGAAGUCCUGUAGCCUAUCUGGCUUCGUUGCUCCCGGCCGCCCUUGGUUGCGGCGAUGACGAUGGCUGCUAUGGCCCUUCGGAUGCAGUCGAGCACACCGACACACACGGAUGGUUGGAGGGUCAUAUAAAGGAACAAAACUAUGGAGCAGAUUGGGGCGAUUUUGUCUCCUUCUCAGGCCGCAUGAAGCAGGCAGCUGGGAACAUGGGCGUGGAUCUACUUCUCAUCGAUACCGGUGAUCUGCAUGAUGGCACAGGCCUAUCUGACGCUACCGAUGUCGACGGCGAAAAAUCGAUGACCAUUUUUAAUAACAUUGACUACGAUCUCCUGACAAUUGGGAACCAUGAGCUGUACGUAUCUGAGGUUUCUCAGCAGAUGUUCACGGUGUACUCCGAGAUGUGGGGAGAUCGUUAUGUUACAUCCAACGUGAAGAUCUUCAACCAAACGACUGGCCAGUAUGAGUAUGUGGGCGCCACCCACCGUUACUUUACUACUAAACAGGGCCUGCGUAUCAUGGCCUUUGGCGUCCUCUUCGACUUCACUGGCAACUCCAAUGCUUCUCAAGUCAUCAAGGCCUCUGAUAUGGUGAAAGAGCAAUGGUUCAAGGACGCUCUUACAACCAGCGACCCUAUUGAUAUGUUCAUCCUCUUUGGCCACAACCCUGUACGACCUACAGAUGAUACCAGCACGUUCAAGAUCGUUUGGGAUGCCAUGCGGGAAGCUCGCCCAACAACUCCAAUUCAGAUCUUCGGGGGCCACACCCACAUCCGUGACUUUGCUGUCUAUGACAACAGGUCUGUAGGGAUCGAGUCAGGCCGGUAUUGCGAGACUCUUGGUUGGAUGUCCAUGAGUGGCUUUGACUCCGAGAAUAGCGGCUUCAGAGGUGCCAAGAACCCUCGUGGGGUGAAAAAUCCGACGCACCGAGCGACCAACAGCUCAGUCUCACCGUUCCUCUACUCCCGGCGCUACAUGGACUGGAACCGCAAUACUUUCAUCUACCACUCCCGCAUCCCGGCCAAUACCUUUGAUCGUCAUGCCGGAGAGGUCGUCACUCAGAACAUUACCGGAGUCCGCAAGGAACUCAAGCUCGGUGAAGUCUACGGGUGCGCACCGGAGACAUAUUGUAUAUCAUGCGUCCCGUUCGAAGACGAGAAGAACAUCUUCCCCGCCGUCAUCGUCCCAGCAGUGGCUUCCAUUGUUAUUAACGAGAGUCGAGCCGGAACCCCCCGGAUCAUACUUGGUAACACGGGUGCCGUUCGAUUUGACCUACACAAGGGACCGUUCACGUAUGACGAUAACUUUAUCGUCUCUCCCUUCAGUGAUGUCUUCCUCUACAUUCCCGAUGUACCCUUUUCGAAGGCGGACACCAUUAUUGAUCAGCUCAAUAAGGGUGGUGCCGACAAGCGAAGCAUCUUUGCCUCCAUGCCUACUCCUAGAGAUGCCUGUACAGAUCCCAUAAUAGGGACAUUAGGGCGUCGCCAGGUGGAGGGGCCUAGAGGAAUUAUCCGGCGGCAAGAGCCUGUCACAUCCGGAUAUGUGACCUCUGAUGACUGGGGCACUGAUGGUGACGACUCUGUCCAUACCAACCUUCCGGACUACACUCUGCCUGACUACUGGGAAUCUCGUGCCGGGUUCCCUAAGGAUGACACUAACCCCGACUCUGUCGACUUGAUCUUUUUAGAUUUCAUCCAGGACUACAUUCUCGAGUAUUUGGGUGACGACUACUCUGACGACAUGGUGGAGUGCUACAUUGAUUGCGAGUUCACCAGCCGAGAUUUCAUGCUUCCUUAUGCCAAGAGCGCUUGGCAAAAGAACAUCGACAAUUGUACCCUAUCAUAUGCAUAG